AUGGAGUGGGGUUACCUGUUGGAAGUGACCUCGCUGCUGGCCGCCUUAGCGCUGCUGCAGCGCUCUAGCGGCGCAGCGGCCGCCUCGGCCAAGGAGCUGGCGUGCCAAGAGAUCACCGUGCCGCUGUGUAAGGGCAUCGGCUACAACUACACCUACAUGCCCAACCAGUUCAACCACGACACGCAGGACGAGGCGGGCCUGGAGGUGCACCAGUUCUGGCCGCUGGUGGAGAUCCAGUGCUCGCCCGACCUCAAGUUCUUCCUGUGCAGCAUGUACACGCCCAUCUGCCUGGAGGACUACAAGAAGCCGUUGCCGCCCUGCCGCUCGGUGUGCGAGCGCGCCAAGGCCGGCUGCGCGCCGCUCAUGCGUCAGUACGGCUUCGCCUGGCCCGACCGCAUGCGCUGCGACCGGCUGCCCGAACAGGGCAACCCUGACACGCUGUCGGCGGGCGCGGGCGCUGGAGGCCCGGGCGGGCGCGGCGAGUACGAGGAGCUCGGCGCGGUGGAGCAGCACGUGCGCUAUGAGACCACCGGCCCCGCGCUGUGCACCGUGGUCUUCUUGCUGGUCUACUUCUUCGGCAUGGCCAGUUCCAUCUGGUGGGUGAUCUUGUCGCUCACGUGGUUUCUGGCGGCCGGCAUGAAGUGGGGCAACGAAGCCAUCGCCGGUUACUCGCAGUACUUCCACCUGGCCGCAUGGCUCGUGCCCAGCGUUAAGUCCAUCGCAGUGCUGGCGCUCAGCUCGGUGGACGGCGACCCAGUGGCGGGCAUCUGCUACGUGGGCAACCAGAGCCUGGACAACCUGCGGGGCUUCGUGCUGGCGCCGCUGGUCAUCUACCUCUUCAUUGGCACCAUGUUCCUGCUGGCCGGCUUCGUGUCGCUCUUCCGCAUCCGCUCAGUCAUCAAGCAGCAGGACGGCCCCACCAAGACGCACAAGCUGGAGAAGCUGAUGAUCCGCCUGGGCCUGUUCACCGUGCUCUACACCGUGCCCGCGGCGGUGGUGGUCGCCUGCCUCUUCUACGAGCAGCACAACCGCCCGCGCUGGGAGGCCACGCACAACUGCCCGUGCCUGCGGGACCUACAACCUGACCAGGCGCGCAGGCCCGACUACGCCGUCUUCAUGCUCAAGUACUUCAUGUGCCUAGUGGUGGGCAUCACCUCGGGCGUGUGGGUCUGGUCUGGCAAGACGCUGGAGUCCUGGCGCUCCCUGUGCACCCGCUGCUGCUGGGCCAGUAAGGGCGCCGCAGUGGGCGGGGGCGCGGGCGCCACGGCCGCGGGGGGCGGCGGCCAGCCAGGGGGCGGUGGCGGCGGGGGGCCCGGCGGCGGGGGGCCGGGCGGUGGCGCGGGCUCCCUCUACAGCGACGUCAGCACCGGCCUGACGUGGCGGUCGGGCACGGCCAGCUCCGUGUCUUAUCCAAAGCAGAUGCCAUUGUCCCAGUAUCAUAGCAGAGUUUUCCCGUGGUUUGGUGGUGGCUUAUACAGGACUUGUGAACGCCAAGCCUUCAGAGGUGAGAGGAGCACUGUGGAAAGGCUUGACUCUUGGGACCCUGGCCAACUUAGGCCAGCUCACCUGCUUUUUGCCUUCUACGGCCACAAUGUUCCAAUAUAUUCCAUAUUUAAGAGUCCAUGUUCUGGCUUAGUGAGAAGGCACAGUGACCGGGAGUGA